UGGGCGGGGCAGAGUGCAGUCAGGGACACGUGGAUCAUGUCGACUUCCUGUUUGUGAAGAGAGCUGAUUAACCACCUUUACAUUACUGUACUGACUCCCACCAUGGUAGUAGUUGACUCUGACACUUCGAGCAUUUUUCGGGUCAGAGGACCGCUGGAGUUGAGAUGUCUGCUGGACAGCACAGAUGCGCAGCUUAUGCGGCAGGUCAUCUCCAGAACAUUUGUGACCCUUCGGUCGCAGGUGAAAUCAGAAUCUUGUGUUCUUGCAGUCUGCAACAGUUCUGUGAUUAUUUGGCCAAACAAAGCUGUUUAUGGAGAAAUUACUCCAGAUACAACAUGUGAAGAUUUAUGUCAGUGGAUACAAACAGAUGAGCAAGACAAUGUUGGGAAGAAGAAGAAGAAAAACAAAAAAGGUUUUUCAGUGAGUGUCGUCAACCUUCGCCUGAUGAUGGAGGUGACAAAGCCAGGUCCUCUUCCAGCCCCUAUCCUCAGCAAAACACUUAAAAAAUCUCACUUCCUCCGUGCGACCCUUCCCAUGGACUGUGUUGUGCGUACCAGCUAUAAUGACACAGUCAGAGAUGUCUGUAAACGCCUGCUGGAGGCGCUAACUAACCAGCUGUGUGAGAUGGAGAAGAUCGCCCUGCUGCACCUGAGUGGGGCGACGCUGAUUGUCCCUGAGCCGCUCCACUUCCUCCUCCCUGAUCCAAAAGGACUGGUAACAGUGGUUUUUCCAGCAGGAGUUCAUGAUAAAGAACUGGAGACUCGGCGUAGGGAGUUGCAUCAGCAGUUUGAGUUGCCAGAUGACAGACCUUACUUUAGAAGGGCCAAUGCCUACCACUUUCCCAAUGAGCCAUACAAAGAUGGGUAUCUCCGAAACCCCCACGUGAUUCUCACACACCCUACCCUGGAUAAUGGAAAGUUAUACUUGGUCCAGGGAGUCUACAGUUACCACCACUACAUGCAGGACCGUGCAGACGACAAUGGCUGGGGCUGCGCCUAUCGCUCCCUGCAGACCAUCUGCUCCUGGUUCCAGCAGCAGGGUUACGUGGAGCGCUCUGUGCCCACUCACAGGGAGAUCCAGCAGGCUUUGGUGGAUGUUGGAGACAAACCGGCCUCUUUUGUGGGCUCACGUCAGUGGAUAGGAUCUAUUGAAGUUCAGAAUGUUCUGAACCAUCUGCUUGACAUCACUUCUAAGAUCAUGUUUGUGAGUCAGGGAUCUGAGUUGGCAUCCAAAGGCAGAGAACUGGCCAACCACUUCCUUACUGAAGGGACUCCUAUCAUGAUUGGUGGGGGCGUCUUGGCUCACACCAUACUCGGGGUUACGUGGAGUGAGACCACAGGGCAGAUCCGCUAUCUCAUUCUAGAUCCACAUUACACCGGAGCUGAAGACCUCCAAGUCAUCACAGAAAAGGGCUGGUGUGGCUGGAAAGGACCUGAUUUUUGGGAUCAAACUGCAUAUUACAAUCUCUGUUUGCCUCAGAGACCCAGGAUCUUCUGAACUCCCUUACACAUUCAUAAAUGGACCUCAUUUUGCUUUUGUAAAAUACCUGAAAAUAUAUGGAAGAGGAAUAUGAUCUCUUUCAAUAGAAUUAUAAGUAAUUUUUGUUGAAGCCCUGCAUAAAUGUUUGUUUAGUAACAAAUGACAACAACCUGAGAUGACGUUUAUAUUUGUCUUUAAAAUAGAAAUGGGUUAUUAAAUGGGCUUUCUGAACUGUGAUCGUUUCAGUUUGAAGAUCAACAUUUCAACAGUUUUGUCUUUACAUUACAUCAUUGGUGACUCACCUACACGUGUGUCUCUAAGCAGAGAGCUGCCCUUCUGAGGCAGAGCGAUGUCGUCGCCUCUUUGUAACUUUAUAGUACUUGUGAUUUUACAAGUAAUUAAAUAAUACAGCGUAGAUGUUCAUCUACUUCCUUGUCCUUUUAUUAUUUUGUUUGUAUUUAAAUGUUACAGACGAGAUCUGAACGGAUUUUUAGUAUGAUGAGCCACAAAAUUUAAACUUCCUAGUCUUUUUUUUUGCAACUCAGACCAUUCUGACUGGGUGUAUAACCUUAUAACGUCCUCUGACAUCCAACAGCAACUUUUGGUGCCGUGAGUUCAGUCUAAUUAAAAAAUACUUAAAAUUUAAAAAUUAUAUAUUCCAGUAAUGUUCAGGUAUUACGUAUUCUUUGUAUCCAGGAAGGAACUCCUGUAGAGGUCUGGGUUGCUGCAGAGCUGAAUAAGCAUCUGAUUGAAGAUACUGUUGUUGAAUUACUCUUGUAAAGAGGAUGCUCAGUUGUCCAUUAUAUUUUAUUUUAUGAAGCAUCCUUCUUUACACAGUCCGCUCUAGAGGCUCCAGAACAGUGCCAGCAUUGUUCAUCAGUUUGUUCAGUUGUUUUUUCUUCUUCCAAUUGCUGUCUCUUAUGCUGGUACCCCGACAGAUGACUGCAGAUGAAGUUGCAUGAUCCAUAACACACUUAUGGAACAUACACAACAUCUUGUUGUAAACACUUAAAGACCUAGGUAUUCCUCAAGGCUGCUUGGUCCUGUCUAGAGGACAACAAGGUUACAGGAUGAGGCGUCUGUGGAUUGGGAUCUUUCUUGCUCUUCCUAUAAAUAAUAUUUAAGAUUUAAUAAUACAUUUGUUAGCAAAACAUUGUUUUGUAACAAGAUGGUCAAUUUAUCACAUUAAAAUCUUCCUACUGAUUAUCCAAUUUU